CUCGGCAGUCUCCUCCUACCGCCGCCUUGACACCAGCUCUCAGCCCGAGUAGCAGCAGCUCUCGCGGCGGUCAUCGAUGGACCACAGACCGCGCCUCUGUCCAGACCGUGAGGGGAGGACGCACCGUACCGACCCCAAUGAGAGGUCCUCUCUGUGGUGCCCAAAGCCACUGCUGUGUCAUGGAAAGCCAAGUAUAUUUAUUACACAACCUACAUAGCUAACGGUGGGGUUUUACCAGGACUGUUGAGCUAAAAAUGACCCAAAGAAAUGGAGUGGGUGGGGUCCGAGAACGCUACCUACAGACUGAAGCGUGUGCCAGCGGCUUGGACACUGACAAGCAUCAAGAAGCUAACAACCAUGGAGAAGUAGAACCAGGAAGUGAGCACCAGCAGCCCCACGCUACUGCAGCUGUAACCGGAGAUGGGGCUCCUGAUGGGGGGUGGGGUUGGGUGGUCCUUACAGCUACCAUCCUGGUGUUGGCCUUAACCCUCGCUUUCCCAUCCUGUGUGGGGAUCUUUUACACUGACCUGCAAAUGGAGUUCCAUGCAACCAACAGCGAAACGUCCUGGGUCCCCUCCAUCAUGACGUCAGUGCUGCACGCAGGAGGGCCGUUCUGCAGCGUGCUGGUGGAGAGGCUGGGUUGCCGGGCGACCAUAAUGUUGGGUGGAGUCUUGAGCGGAGUGGGAAUGGCCGCCAGUUCAUUUACUCAGUCCAUCAUCGAGCUGUACAUCACCGCAGGGGUCAUUACAGGUUUGGGGUUUUGCUUUAGCUUCCAGCCUGCUGUCACCAUCCUGGGACACUAUUUCGUCCGCCGUCGUGCUUUCGCCAACGCCAUGUCCUCCACGGGCACUGCUCUGGGCCUCUGUGUUCUCCCUUUUCUGGGCAACUACCUCCACAUUGAGUACGGCUGGAGGGGCAGCUUCCUGAUUUUAGGCGCUGUUCUGCUCAACUGCUGCGCAUGUGGGGCAGUGAUGAGACCCCUCAAACCACAGAGGCCGAGAGGACCACCCCUUAUAAACCAUCAGCCAUCUUUGUCCCAAGAGGGGAAUGAUAAGAAGACCAAAGGGUUUUUAAAGACGGUAUCAAACUAUGUGUUGUCUGCAAUCAAAAAACAUAUGGCUUUUGACCAGUUUUGCAACAACCCAAAAUACUGCGUGUACUCAAUAGGGAUUACAUGGAUGAUGCUGGGGUUUGUGGUACCCUUGAUAUAUCUUGUUCCCUAUGCCACAGCUCACGACAUGGAGCCAAGUCAAGCUGCAAUGCUCCUCUCCAUCCUUGGUGUAGUUAACAUUGUAAUACGGCCUCCCAUUGGGCUAAUCUUCAGCAUGCCAUGGUUCAAAGGACGCCAUAUUUACGUAUUUGCCUCUGCACUACUCGUGAAUGGGCUGAGUAAUAGUAUUUGCUGCAUUGGAGCAACUUUUCCUGUGUUGGUGUCCUAUGUGAUCAUCUAUGGGCUGUCAAUGAGCCUGGUGGGGUCCUUAAUGUUCACUGUGCUGAUGGAUAUAGUGGAAAUGAGCAGGUUCCCCUCUGCUCUGGGACUCCUCGCUAUCAUGGAGAGUGUCACCCUCCUCAUCGGACCUCCACUGGCGGGGAUUUUGGUGGACAGGUCAGGCCAGUACUCCCCCGUAUUCUAUGCCUGCAGCGCCGUUGUUGCCUCUUCUGCCGUUUUUCUCAUGGCAUCAUUUUACUACCUGGACAAAAGGGAGAAAAAACAGCCUUCACUGCCCGAUCCAGCCACUUACACUGAUGAAAUGGUUGUGUGUCCAUACAGAGAUGAGCCCAAAGAGGAAGACCAGAUUAAGGCUUCAGCCAAUGGGGCAGACCAUGUGACUGAUGUUUGAAUGAGUGAUUAUUGGAGUAGUCAAAGGGUAGGCGAUAUGGCAAUAUAAAAUCUAUAUACUGUAUUAUUUAUGAAACUGUGAUCUCCUGAUUAUUGAUUUUGUACUUCUCUGUUCAGUGCAGCUCUGUAAUCAAACACAAAUACCUCUACUCUACCACCCUCUCCCCCAUUUGGUCAACCACUGUUAUACUCUGAGUAGGGCUACAACAUUUAUAGUGAAUUAUAGUGAUUAAUCAAAAUUACAAUUUGAAUGGAUGCAUUUAGUAAAUCAUAAAGGCUGCAAGUACUAUAAUUUCCUUAACAAACAACAAAGUAACAAAAAAAAUCAGUUUUAUUCUUCAUAAAUCUGCUAAGACAGUUUAGAUCUGUAUAAAUAUGUUCUGAAUUGUGACCCUUGUAUUAUUGUGUUAGUUCACAUAUCAGUCAUUUUGUCAGUUUUCCUGAAUGUGAAAUGUGAACUUUGAACAGAAUUCUAUUAUUAAAACAAAUUGCAAGUCUUAUCACAAUCCUAAUGCUUGACCGAAAAAAAAACAACAAAUUGAUAUUUUUCCCAAAUCCCGCAGCUCUUGGUCUACGUGAAUGACAGGAGGAUCAACCAAUCACACUGAAGUAUGAAGUCUUAGAAGACAGAUUGUCAUCUGAUUUCAACUGCCAUAUCGCCUAAGCCUUAAGUGAGAUUGAAUUUAUAUUGAUUACAAAUACAGACUGUCCCUGUAAAGAACCAGUCACUUUUGCCCUCCCUAAAGAAAAGCCUGGUCCGUAUUAGCUGCAGUAUGAUUUGAUGUUUGUUAAGGAAAGUCAUCGAAACUGAGUUGGCCCAUCAGUUGCUGCCAACAUCUUUCAGGGCUCAUCUCAGUCAAUAAUUUGUCUGCUUGUUAUUACAAAACUGCAGUAUAUUUAAACGUUUAUUAAUGGAAAAACUCAAUUAUUUAUCUGUGGAUUUAAAAAGUAAUCUGUGGAUCAAAAACCAAAAAAAUCCACUUAUAUGGUUGAUGUAAAAAAAUAUCCCCAGAACUUUACACCUUUAAAGGUGCACUGUGCAACUUUUCUGGUGGAUGGUCCGUCAUCUGCAUGUCUUUGUGGAGAUGUUAGUGCUUUGUCUAGAAUGUUCCAUGGUAGAAAUUAAAGCUAUCUAUCUCAAGGGAGACAACUACUGACUACAUUACAGGUCAGAUUUGUGGAGAGGUAACCCUAAUCACAGAGAGAAUUAUUGUAUUUUUGAGCAAUAGAAACACCUGUAAUUCAUAAAUGCUAGAUAGAAGUGUUCAGUGUCAUACCAUGGAGCAUUCCAGGCAAAGCAAUAACAUCUCCAUGGAGACAAGCAAGUGAGAAACCCUCCAACAGAAAAGUUGCACAAUGCGCCUUUAAAGAAGACACAAAUAAACAUAAUAUUUACUGGUAACAAGCUGACAGGUUCUUCGGAGGGACAUUGCCACAAAAAUAACAAGCAUUACACUACACAACACUACGCUCUGGGUCACACUGCCCCGACUGAAGUGGUCUCAUGUUCAAAAUCCAAAUUUAGAACCACAAAGUUUACUUUUAUAUGAGGUGGAGCACAAUGUUUUCUCUGACCUCUGAACUUUGAAUCAGGUACACCAUUUAAAAAAUAUAUCACCAUCUUUACUGUUUGGUCGAUACCAAAACCAGAGGUGCACUUAUAGAACCACACUGAUUGUAUUUUAUCUUGCUGCUGUCACUGAAUCUUGUACAAAACCAAGUAAUACACAUUGUUAUAUUUGUAAGCACAUUAUUAUAACUACUCUGUCUGUAAUUCAGAAUUGCCAUUAACUUUGUGGUAGUCUGUUUGUUGACUGAAGACAUCUUAGAGAAUACACCAUUCAGAUUUAGUUUAACUACUUCUAAAAUGGUGCUAGAUAGGAGAUGGCAAAAUGAAAAUGUUAUUCAUGGACUGUAAGAGAAGUGUGAAGUUAUGAUGCUUUUUGUGCAUUUUUUGCUCAGAUGAAUAGUGCCUUUAAAAAUGAUUGCUGUUUUGUACAAUACAUAUGUUUAGUACAGUACAAUCAAGCCCUUCCAGACAGACUGAAGAUAUAAGCUGGUCAUUUUACAUGUUCUCCAUCUUGUCUUAACAUAUUUAAAUGAUCAGUAACUUUUUUUACUGACUGUAUAAAUAUCCAGAGCGAGGAUAUUUACUUUGUGGUAGAAAUGCAUAGAAAAUGUUACAGCCAUUUUAUUGACUAAAUGUGCCACUCUUUGUGUGACAAUAUAUAUUUCAAAAAUAUUCUGUUAAUCUAAAUGACUUCAAACUGUUUUCCAUAUUAUAAAUGAGAAUGGCCUGAUUGCCUGAAUUGACACAUGACUGUAAAGCACUGAACAAGUUUGAAAUUGAAGUAAUUUUUGGGCCAAACUAUUAAAUAUUUAUUUGUCAUAAUCAGGGACAAUAAAUACAAACUUUUAACUGUAA